CGAAUCCCUCCCCCGAUUUGAAUGGUAGUUUCCAAUCGGCUGUGCUUGAGAGAGCUCCCAGUUCUAAGCCUGGGAUUAGCGAUCCCAGUCAGACCGAGCUUCUGUUUUGGGUUUAAUCAAAGGGAAAGGUUGUAGAGAGACACAUUGAGCUUUAUCUUUCAGUAUGCUUAGUGUAAGCAUUGCAAAAGAGGACAACUAAGGGAGUCAAAUUCCUUUUUUUAAAAACCUUUGGGUUUUUAUUUUUGUUGUCCUUCCUUUGCUAGACGGCAACUUCAAAGUAAAGGAAUUAUUUUACCUGGAAAAGGAACGUUGCAGGGGAAGCAGAAAAAAAAAAGUUUCUUCGGGGGACGGAUAAUGCUGUAAAGGACGCUGCUUCAUACUGGUUGACAUAUCUCCCAAACACAUCCGAGGGUUUAUUGUAGAUCCCAACUGGAAGAAGCGAUGGAUAUGAAGGAUCGAAGGCACCGCUCCCUGACUCGAGGCCGGUGUGGAAAGGAAUUCCACUACACCAGCUCCUCCCUGGACAGCGAGGACUGCCGAGUGCCUACGCAGAAAUCCUACAGCUCCAGCGAGACACUCAAGGCGUACGACCACGGCUCCAGACUGCACUACGGGAGCCGCGUUGCUGACCUGGUGCAUCGGGAGUCAGACGAGUUCUCCAGGCAAGGUAACUUUACGGUGGCUGAGCUGGGGAUUUGCGAGCCCACCCCCCACCAGAGUGGUUAUAGCUCUGACAUGGGGCUGCUGCACCAAGGCUACUCCCUGAGCGUGGGCUCGGACGCAGAUUCCGACACGGAGGGCGCCCUGUCUCCAGAACACGCCAUUAGGUUGUGGGGAAGAGGAAUAAAAUCCAGGCGCAGCUCCGGUCUUUCGAGUCGUGAGAACUCCGCCCUUACACUGACAGAUUCAGAAAAUGACAAGUCUGAUGAUGAAUCAGGUCGCCCCAUUCCACCCACACCCUCGUCCAGCCUCCUCCCUCCUGCCCCACCGCCCAUUGGCUCCCAUCAUCCUUCACCAGUUGCCGUUAGAGAUUGCCAGAUGCGAUUACUAGACAGCAACGCCUCCCGUCCCAUCCUGGACUCCAAUCCUGACGAGUUCUCUCCCAACACAUACCUGCUGAGACCCUGCGCCGGGCCACAACUCUCCUCAAGUGGGGACAUUGCCUUUGUCCGGAAGAUCCCUCAAUGCCCUCCCAAUCACCACAGCCAGUCAACGUUGAGGCCGCCUCUGCCCCCACCACACAACCACCAGACGCUGUCACAUCACCACUCUUCUGCCAACUCCCUCAACAGGAACUCCCUGACCAACCGGCGGAACCAGACCCACGCGCCGGCCUCUGCCCCCAACGAUGUGCCCACCACCCCCGAGUCUGUGCAGCUGCAGGACAGCUGGGUCCUCAACAGCAACGUGCCGCUUGAGACCAGGCAUUUCCUCUUCAAGACGUCUUCAGGGACGACACCCCUGUUCAGCAGCUCGGCUCCAGGCUACCCCCUGACAUCCGGGACUGUCUACUCUCCACCACCACGACUCCUGUCCAGGAAUGCCUUCUCCCGGAACACGUUCAAGCUGAAGAAGCCGUCCAAGUACUGCAGCUGGAAAUGUGCGGCCGUCUCUGCCAUCGGCGCGGCGCUACUCCUGGCUGUACUGCUCUGCUAUUUCAUAGCCAUGAACCUGCUAGGACUGAACUGGCAGCUGCAGCCGGCUGAUGGUCAUGUGAUCAACAACGGAUUGAGCACAGGGUUACCAGGCAACAGUGAUGUAGCAACAGUGCCAUCUGGAGGCCGAGGACCAUGGUCUUUCCGGAACACCAGUAUCGACACCGGGGACCUGGAAGUUGGUCGAAGAGUAACCCAGGAAGUACCUCCUGGAGUGUUCUGGAGGUCACUUCUUCAUCUCAUCCAACCCCAGUUCCUCAAGUUCAAUAUUUCUCUCGGGAGAGAUGCUCUGUUUGGAGUUUAUAUCAGGAAAGGACUUCCACCAUCACAUGCUCAGUACGACUACAUGGAACGCCUGGACGGGAAGGAGAAGUGGAGAGUGGUGGAGACUCCUCGUGAGCGCCGCAGUAUUCACACAGUGGUUCUCAAUGAAGCUGUCUUUGUGCAGUACCUGGACCCUGGGACCUGGCACCUGGCUUUCUACAAUGAUGGGAAAGACAAGGAGGCCAUCUCAUUCAGCACUGCCAUCCUAGACUCAGUGCAGGAGUGUCCUAGGAAUUGCCAUGGCAAUGGAGAAUGUGUUUCUGGAGCCUGUCACUGCUUCCCAGGAUUCCAUGGGACUGACUGUUCUAAAGCUGCCUGCCCAGUCUUGUGCAGUGGCAAUGGCCAAUACAGCAAGGGAGCCUGCCUCUGCUACAGUGGAUGGAAAGGGCCUGAAUGUGACGUUCCCAUCAGCCAGUGCAUUGACCCCACAUGCAGUGGUCACGGCUCUUGCACUGAUGGCAGCUGCAUCUGCUCUUUGGGAUACAAAGGGGAGAGCUGUGAAGAAGUGGACUGUUUGGACCCAACUUGCUCAAACCAUGGGAUAUGUGUGAACGGAGAGUGCCACUGUAGCCCUGGCUGGGGGGGGCUUAACUGUGAGCUACCCCGAUCCCAGUGCCCUGAUCAGUGCAACGGGCAUGGCACCUUCAUCCCUGACACUGGCCUUUGCAGCUGUGAUCCAAACUGGAUGGGGCCUGACUGUUCAGUGGAGGUGUGUUCAGUGGACUGUGGCACCCAUGGGGUGUGUAUGAGUGGAGCAUGCCGAUGCGAAGACGGGUGGACUGGAAUAGCAUGCGACCAGCGGGUUUGCAAUCCCCGAUGCGUGGAACACGGGACCUGUAAAGAGGGGAAGUGUGAAUGCAGAGAGGGCUGGAAUGGAGAACACUGCACCAUCGAUGGCUGCCCUGAUCUGUGCAAUGGCAAUGGGAAAUGUACCCUCGGUCAGAACAGCUGGCACUGUGUCUGUCAAACCGGCUGGAGAGGGCCUGGAUGCAAUGUUGCCAUGGAAACCUCCUGUGCUGAUAACAAGGAUAAUGAGGGAGAUGGCCUUGUUGAUUGCAUGGACCCAGACUGCUGUCUCCAGAGCCCCUGCCAAUCGAAUCCACUGUGCCGAGGCUCACGCGAUCCUCUACAAAUCAUCCAGCAGAGCAAGUCAUCUUCCCAGAAAGUCAGGUCCUUCUACGACAGAGUGAAGAUGCUAGUUGGCAGGGAUAGCACUCACAUCAUUCCUGCAGACAACCCCUUUAAUGCAAGUCUGGCGUCUUUGAUCAGAGGCCAAGUUUUAACGACAGAUGGGACUCCACUCGUUGGUGUUAAUGUUUCCUUUGUGAAGCAUCCACAGUAUGGAUAUACUCUAACUCGCCAGGAUGGAACGUUUGAUCUGAUUGCUAACGGCGGUGCCUCUCUGACCCUGCACUUCGAGCGCGCUCCCUUCCUGAGUCAGGAGCGCACAGUGUGGCUGCCCUGGAGCAGUUUCUACGCCAUGGACACCAUGGUGAUGAAGACCGAGGAGAACUCCAUCCCGAGCUGUGAUCUGAGCGGCUUUGUGCGCCCGGAUCCCAUUGUCAUCUCCUCACCGCUCUCCUCAUUCUUCAGCUCCACGCCUGGGCAGAACCCCAUUGUUCCAGAGACUCAGGUCCUUCAUGAAUGCAUUGAGAUCCCCAGCACCAGCCUCAAGCUUUGUUAUCUCAGUUCCCGCACCUCAGGGUACAAGUCUCUUCUGAAGAUCACGAUGACCCAGACACUGGUACCUCUCAACCUGAUCAAGGUCCAUAUGAUGGUGGCAGUAGAAGGGCAUCUUUUCCAGAAGUGGUUCCAUGCCUCCCCAAACCUGGCUUACACCUUCAUCUGGGACAAAACUGAUGCAUAUGGCCAGAGGGUCUAUGGGCUUUCAGAGGCUGUCGUGUCUGUUGGCUUUGAGUACGAGACCUGCCCCAGUCUGAUUCUAUGGGAGAAGAGAACAGCAGUUCUUCAGGGAUAUGAGCUGGACCCCUCAAACUUCGGAGGGUGGUCUAUAGAUAAACACCACGUCCUAAACGUCAGAAGUGGUAUUCUUCACAAAGGAAACGGGGAGAAUCUGUUUCUUACUCAGCAGCCUGCAGUGAUCAGCAGCAUCAUGGGUAAUGGCCGUCGACGCAGCAUCACCUGCCCCAGCUGCAGCGGCCUUGCUGAUGGGAACAAGCUCCUCGCCCCUGUGGCACUCGCAGCCGGCAUUGACGGCAGUCUCUACAUCGGGGAUCUCAACUUCGUGAGGAGGGUGUUUCCUUCCAUGAACACGACCAAUAUCCUGGAGCUCAGAAACAAAGAUUUUACACACAGCAACAACCCAGCUCAUAAAUAUUUCUUGGCUGUGGACCCAGUUACAGGAGCACUGUACGUUUCAGACACCAACAGCCGGCGCAUUUACCGCAUGAAGUCGCUUAUGGGCAGCAAACAGCUGUCAGAAAACUCUGAGGUGGUGGCAGGGACAGGGGAGCAGUGUCUGCCCUUUGACGAGGCCCGCUGUGGGGAUGGAGGGAAGGCAGUCGAGGCCACACUCAUGAGCCCCAGAGGCAUAGCUGUGGACAAGAAUGGGUUAAUGUAUUUUGUGGAUGCAACCAUGAUCCGCAAAGUGGACCAGAAUGGAAUCAUCUCAACCCUUCUUGGAUCCAACGACCUGACUGCUGUUCGGCCACUCAGCUGUGACUCCAGCAUGGACGUGAGCCAGGUACGCUUAGAAUGGCCCACAGAUCUCGCCAUCAACCCCAUGGACAACUCUCUCUAUGUCUUGGAGAACAAUGUGAUUUUACGCAUAACGGAGAACCACCAGGUCAGCAUCAUUGCUGGGCGCCCCAUGCACUGCCAGGUCCCUGGCAUUGACUACUCCCUGAGCAAGCUGGCCAUACACUCUGCUCUGGAGUCUGCCACUUCCAUUGCCAUGUCCCACACUGGGGUGCUGUACAUCGCCGAAACAGACGAGAAGAAGAUGAACCGCGUGCGUCAGGUCACCACCAACGGGGAGAUCUCUCUGCUGGCCGGGGUUGCCUCUGACUGCGACUGCAAAAACGACAUCAACUGUAACUGCUUUACCGGCGACGAUGGCUACGCCACCGACGCCAGCUUGAAUUCGCCUUCUUCCUUGGCGGUGUCACCGGACGGCACCCUCUACAUUGCAGACCUGAGUAAUAUCCGGAUCAGAGCGGUAAACAGCAAUCGGCCAGUUCUGAACUCGGCGUACCAAUACGAAGUGGCUUCACCGAGAGAACAGGAAAUGUACAUCUUUAAUGAGGAUGGGAUCCACCUGCACACUCUGAGUCUAGUCACUGGCGAGCCACUGUAUAAUUUUACCUAUAACCCAAACAAUGAUGUUACUGCAGUGGUGGAUAACUGCAAUAAUACCUUAAAGGUUCGAAGGGAUUCCACUGGUGUGCUGCGCCUCGUGCUUUUGCCAGACAGCCAGAUUGUUACCUUAAGCGUUGGCACCAAUGGCGGGCUGAAGUCUGUGUCACUUCAAAACCUGGAGCUAGCGUUGAUGACCUACGAAGGCAACAGCGGGUUAUUGGCCACUAAAUCGGACGAAACUGGAUGGACGACAUUUUACGAGUAUGACAGCGAGGGCCGGUUGACCAAUGUCACUUACCCGACUGGCGUGGUGACCAGCCUGCACCGUGAAAUGGAGAAAUCCAUCAAUAUUGAUAUUGAGAACUCCAACAGGGACGACGAUGUCACCGUUAUCACAAACCUUUCUUCAGUGGAAGCGUCUUACACCGUGGUUCAAGAUCAAGUAAGAAACAGCUACCAGCUGUGUAACAAUGGCACACUGCGGGUGAUGUAUGCGAAUGGGAUGGGUAUCAGCUUCCACACUGAGCCUCAUAUUCUGGCUGGCACCGUGAGCCCGACCAUAGGGCUGCGCAACAUCACCCUGCCCAUGGAGAACGGGCUGAACUCCAUUGAGUGGCGCCUGAGGAAGGAGCAAAUUAAAGGGAAGGUCACUGUGUUUGGGAGAAAACUCAGGGCACAUGGAAGAAACUUGCUGUCCAUCGACUUUGACCGAAACACCCGCACAGAGAAGAUUUAUGACGACCACCGCAAGUUCACCCUGAGGAUUGUUUAUGACCAGCAAGGCCGCCCGUCCUUAUGGCUCCCCAGCAGUGGUCUCGCUCCCGUCAACGUGUCCUACUCCGCCAGCGGGCAGCUUGUGGGUCUGCAGCGAGGGGCAAUGAGUGAGAGAACAGAGUAUGACAGCCACGGCAGGAUUGUGUCCCGCUCCUUCGUGGAUGGCAAGAUAUGGAGCUACUCUUACCUGGAAAAGUCCAUGGUGCUACUUCUGCAGAGCCAGCGGCAGUACAUCUUUGAGUUUGAUGCCUCGACCCGGGUCACUGCUGUCACCAUGCCCAGUGUGGCUCGGCACACCAUGUCCACUCACACCUCCAUCGGCUACAUCAGAAACAUCUACAACCCCCCGGAAAGCAAUGCCUCCGUCAUUCAUGACUUUAGCGAGGACAGCAGACUCCUAGACACAUUGUUCUUGGGAACUGGACGCAAGGUGUUUUACAAGUACGGCAAGCUGUCCAAACUGUCCGAAGUCUUGUACGACAGCACUGUGGUCACCUUUGGCUACGAUGAAACCACCGGAGUCCUUAAAAUGGUCAACCUGCAGAGUGGUGGCUUCUCCUGCACCAUCCGUUACAGGAAAAUUGGUCCUUUGAUAGACAAGCAGAUCUAUAGGUUUUCAGAGGAAGGCAUGGUGAAUGCAAGGUUUGACUACACCUACCAUGAUAACAGCUUCCGCAUCGCCAGCAUGAAGCCAGUUAUCAGUGAGACCCCUCUCCCAGUUGACCUUUACCGCUACGAUGAGAUUUCUGGCAAGGUGGAACAUUUUGGUAAGUUUGGAGUCAUCUACUACGACAUCAAUCAGAUCAUCACUACCGCAGUCAUGACGCUCAGCAAACACUUCGACACCCAUGGGCGCAUCAAAGAAGUCCAGUACGAGAUAUUCCGUUCGCUGAUGUAUUGGAUGACUGUUCAGUAUGACAGCAUGGGAAGGGUAACUAAAAGAGAGCUCAAACUUGGCCCAUACGCCAACACAACAAAAUACACAUAUGAGUAUGAUGGAGAUGGACAACUUAAUGCCGUCAAAGUAAAUGACUGGCCAACAUGGCGCUACAGUUACGACCUGAACGGGAACCUGCAUCUCCUGAACCCUGGCAACAGUGCCCGAUUGAUGCCCCUUCGCUAUGACCUGAGGGACCGGAUCACACGUUUGGGAGAUGUUCAGUACAAGCUGGAUGAAGACGGUGUCCUGUGUCAACGUGGGUCGGAUAUAUUUGAGUACAACUCCAAAGGUCUGCUGGUCAGGGCCUACAGCAAAAGCAGUGGCUGGAACGUCCAGUAUCACUACGAUGGACUAGCAAGGAGGGUCUCCAGCAAGAACAACCUGGGCCAACACAUUCAGUUUUUCUAUGCCGAUCUCAACAACCCAGCCAGGGUGACCCACGUUUACAACCACUCCAGCUCAGAAAUUACCUCCCUGUACUAUGAUCUGCAAGGCCACCUGUUUGCAAUGGAGAUCAGCAGCGGGGAGGAGUAUUACAUUGCCUCAGACAAUACUGGAACUCCGCUGGCUGUCUUCAGCAGCAACGGGCUAAUGAUCAAGUUGCUGCAGUACACGGCCUACGGGGAGAUAUAUCACGACUCCAACCUGGAUUUCCAGCUCGUCGUGGGCUUCCACGGAGGCCUGUACGACCCCCUCACCAAGCUAGUUCACUUCAUGCAGAGAGAUUAUGAUGUCCUGGCUGGCCGAUGGACGGCUCCGGAUUACGGCAUGUGGCAGAAGAUUGGCAAAGAACCGGCUCCAUUCAAUUUGUACAUGUUUAAAAACAACAACCCACUCAGCGACACUUUGGACUUGAAGAAUUAUGUCACAGAUGUGAAAAGCUGGCUGGUGAUGUUUGGAUUCCAACUAAGCAAUAUCAUCCCUGGCUUCCCGAAGCAUAGAAUAUAUUUUGUGGAACCUUCGUACGAGCUCUUAGUGAGCCAAGACUGUGAAAAUGGACAGCUGAUCACCGGUGUCCAACAAGCAGCAGAGAGGCACAACCAAGCAUUCAUGGCUCUUGAAGGAAGAUUACUGAACAAAGACAAACGGGUCGGAAAAAGGGACACACCAGGCCGCUGGUUCGGAACCAAUAAGCCAAUUAUUGGAAAAGGCAUCAUGUUUGCGAUCAAAAACGAAAGAAUUGCAACCGGCGUCACCAUCAUAGCGAGCGAGGACAGCAGGAAGAUAGCUGCGGUUCUCAACAAUGCUUAUUAUUUGGAAGGGACUCACUACACCAUAGAAGGGAGGGACAGCCACUACUUUGUGAAACUUGGGUCUCCUGACAGCGACCUCAUUACACUGGGGAUGAGCAGCGGCCGCAAAGUGCUGGAGAGCGGCAUCAACAUCACUGUCACCCAGCAAACGCUUCUGGUCGGAGGGAGGACUCGUAGAUUUGCAAAUAUCGAGUUUCAGUAUGCCACUUUGUCAAUGAACAUCCGUUAUGGAUUGACGAUGGACACUUUGGAUGAAGAGAGGAACAGAGUGUUGGAUCAGGCUAGGUUGAGAGCUUUGGCUACAGCUUGGUAUAAGGAGCAGCAGAACGCCCGAGACAGCAAAGAGGGCAGCAGGUUAUGGACUGACGGAGAAAAGCAACAGCUCUUGAAUACCGGGAGAGUCCAGGGAUAUGAUGGCUACUACGUACUGCCAAUAGAGCAGUAUCCGGAAUUGGCUGACAGUAGCAGUAAUAUCCAGUUCCUCCGACAAAAUGAAAUGGGCAAAAGGUAACAAACUAGACUGCUUUGACCUACCGACGCACGACCUGCAACAGUAAUUGAAAACUUUGGAAUCUGUCUCCUCUCCUAAGGAGAUGAAAAUAUUGAAGGGGGUACUCAAUAGACUGAAAUAAAAUUUUAAAAAAUGACUCUAAUGUAUAGACUUGUAUGCCACACUUUUGGCACAAAGGACUUUCUUUAAAAAAAAAGAAAAAAAGAAAAAGAAA